AUGAAAUUUCACAAAAGUCCUACCCUUGAUAAGUUUGAGUUGUUUUUUUUUGGUCCAAAUAUUUUUGAGUUGUUAUUUGUGCAUAAAAUUUCCAAGCAAAAUUUGAUCAACUUGACAAAUGUUGCCUUAAACAAAAACCCAAAAGCUGUAAGUGUUCAAAAUGAUGAUUUUUGGUCUCCUAGUCCUUACUAUCUUCCAUCUGAUGCCUUCAGAAAUCGAUACAUCGUUUCGCUUUAUCUUUAUAACAUUGAGAUUAAAUUCCCAGGUAAAGUUGAUAUGAGUUCAUUAAGGAAAUUGGAACUUGUUCAUGUGAUUAUGCAUGAUGGUACUUUCAAAGUUUUAACAAGUGGGUGUCCAAGAUUACAAGAAUUGGUGAUAAAGUAUUCUCACAAAUUGACUAAGUUGCACUUUACUGCUCCUAACAUUGAAAAAUUGGAGCUUCAUUUUGAUCAUAGUGUAACAUUAAUAGAGGAGCAAUUUUUCACAUUGAAUUGCCCUAACCUUAAGAUCUUGCAUGUUAAAGGAAUAUGUUUGGGAUUUCUACAAGUGAUUAAUGCUUCAUCUGUUCAAGAAGCCAAGAUCAAUCGAUGUACAGAGUGGCCUGGAUGUGAGCCGUACUGUGAUGACCCGAAUAACAUGGCUCAGGGCGAAUUUGACAAAUUACUCAACAAGCUUCGAAAUGUCGAGUUUUUAGAAUUGGAUGAUAGAAAUGGAGCUUACAUUCAAUUAAAACCCUGUGGAGAAUAUGGACGUGAGAAACUGAUUUUUCGAGCACCUAGAAGAUAUUUACUUCUCAGGCCAGGAAUCUAUGGAAGCUGUCUGGUAGACAUUAUCAGGUUACUAAAAAGCUCAUCGAUCUUAAUGGAAGUUACAAUAUAUGCUGAUGUGGAUUUGUUCUGUGAUUGCAAUAUGCUCAUGCAUGAGCUAUCUUCUCCUUGUGUGCUGGGAAAUCUUAGAUCUUUUAUCAUUAGUAAAUACAAGAAGCCAUGUGAAGCCCUUGGUCAGCUGAUAGCAUUUGUGCUUAAAAGUGCAGUCAUUUUGGAAGAAGUGGCUAUUGAAAUCAGUGGAAAGGAUGAACUGUUUUCAGCAGAGGGCCAAGGAUUCAUUCUGCAGCUGUUAAGCUUCCCAAGGGCGUCACCGAAAGCCAAAGUUGAAAUUCAUUUUGGAUUGAUCGUUUUACUAUGUUGGUGUGAUCUCGACUGGGAUGCAGCCGUUCAUAGACUCGUAGUGGAGUCACCCUUACAGCCUGCCUUUCUUUCCUUUCCUUUGACACCCUUAGCUACUUAA